AUGCUGCCACUAGAGACGGAAAUUUCUGCAGAGGUUCCUGAGAUCAGAUACGGUCCUGAACUGCUUCCUUUGUAUAGGAGGCAGUAUGAAAACCGCAUUUUCACCGGGUCCAAACUUGCUGACCCUUGCAGCUAUGGCCACACGCAGUUCCACCUUGUAAUGGAUCGUUUUCUGAGGAGAAACCUUUGCAAGGCAAACCUUGAUGACCAGAUUGAGGUUCGCUUGAGGGCCAAUGCUAUUGCCAGUCUCUUUGCCUGGACUGGAGCGCAGGCUGUGUAUCAAGGUUUCUGGAGUCAUGAAGAUUUGACGAGGCCAUUUGUGUCACAAGCCAUAAUCACUGAUGGACAGUGCUUCUCUUUCUUCUGCUACCAGCUGAAUACACUGGCUUUGAAUGACUCUGACAAUCCAAGAAAGAACCUUUGCUGGGGCACUGGAAGCAUGAGGCUGUACGAAGCCAUACAGGAUGGGAAUGUGAUUGGGUUGGACAACAAUGUCCUGAAACUUCUGGUCAAGUUCUUGUUAAAUGGAGCUAAGGGAGAUAUAUGA